AUGGCCACAGUUCUUUUUCCGAGGUCCCCAUUGGGACCAAACGACUUAGUAGACGAAACCACCUUCUCUGAUCCAAGUUUUUGUGAGGAGGAAAAGCUAAUGUAUGUACUUUCUAAGACUUUGGCCGAAGAUGCAGCAGUGCGGUUUGCCAAGGCCAACAAUAUCGACUUGAUAGUAAUGAAUCCAGCGCUUGUGACUGGACCAAUCUUGCAGCCAACUCUUAAUUUCUCAGUAGAUGUGAUUGUAGAAUUUAUAAAUGGUAAGAACUUUUUCAAUAGGUUUGUGGACGUUAGAGAUGUUGCUCUAGCUCAUGUCAAGGCGCUCGAGACUCCUUCGGCUAAUGGAAGAUAUAUCAUCGAUGGUCCGAUUGUGACAGCAAAUGACAUUGAGAAAGUUUUGCGCGAAUUCUUUCCUGAUUUGUGCAUUGAUGAUAAGUGA